ACCCAGUUCAACAACUCCUACUCCUCCCACCUUUAAUCCCAUUGAUCGGCUUUCGGCGACUCCGCAAUCAUGGCUGCUGGACUCAAGACCAUCAUUGCCCUCUCCUUUGUUCUUGCAAUUGGUUUCCUCCUCGUUAUCCUCUCUUCCGCGCUAUGGCACAGGUACUGGCCGCUGCUGGUGGUCGGCAUCUACGUUGUUGCGCCGCUUCCCAACUGGAUCUGCCAACGAUGCGCAAACCCAGAUGAUUUCAUGGACAGCUCAAGCAACUCCGCGAUGGACUUUGGACGGUUCCUGACCGGAUUUUUGGUUCUUACUGGCAUUGCCCUUCCUAUCGUCCUCGCCCACAGCGGCGCAAUCGAGAUCCCAGCAAUGAUCAUGUCGAUUUUCGGAGGCCUAUUGAUUUACGGCACCAUUAUUAGCUUCUCAAUGUUCUUCCAGGAACAGGAAGAGUUCUGAUCGCCCAGACUGGAUGAGGCGCGGGGUGGCCAAGAACUAUACCUAUACUCUAGGCCAGUGGGUCUCGCGGCAUCC